CAGUAAUUUUCUUAAACAGGAAAUUUUAGAUUAAUUUUGAGAACGGUUUUGUUAUUUAUUUUGUGCAUUAUAUGAAGUAUAAACCCUAGUCCAAUUUCCUUCAAACCCAAACCCUCUCGUAGCUUUGAUGACCCUGAGACGGAAAAUGGAGGAAAGAGAAGUAAGAAAAGACUCCAAAUUAUGUGAAGAGUGCAAAUUGAAUGAUUCAAAAUACAAAUGCCCAGGUUGUUCUAUUCGCUCCUGUAGUCUUCCCUGCGUCAAAGCUCACAAGCAACGCACUGGUUGUACGGGCAAGAGGGACCGGACUCAGUUCGUUCCUAUUUCUCAAUUCGACGAUAAUCAGCUCAUCUCUGAUUAUAAUUUGCUUGAGGAAGUGAAAAGGGCUUCUGAUUCUGCUCAAAGAAUGAGAAAAAAGCUAUGCAAAUACAAUAACUAUAGGCUACCGUUCUUCCUCAGGAGUGUUAGAAGUGCAGCUGCAAGUAGGAGAACAAAGAUUUUGUUUCUUCCAGGUGGCAUGGUGAAAAGGGAGAAGAAUCAAACUACUUAUGAUAAAAGGAAGAAAUGCAUAUACUGGACGAUCGAGUGGCAAUUUCAUUCAACGGAUGUUGUGUUACUUGAUCAUGGUAUUGAUGAAAACAUGAAUAUUUCCUCCAUUAUUGGGAACCAUUUAAAGCCUGGUCCUUGGAAUCAUCAACUGAAGCAAUUUUGCCACGAAGACCCCAAAAAUCUCAAGUUCUUUAUCCGGAAAUAUCAAAAGGGCCCAAUUUCACCAUUCUAUGAGUUAGAUUUUAAGGUUCCACUAAGGCAGCAAUUAACAAACAAGGUGAUUUUGGAGUACCCUGUCAUAUAUGUUUUCCUUCCUUCACACAAUAUUGAUUUUGAAGUCGUUAAAGAUCAUUAUCCCCCUUUACACAAACCAGACCUUAAAACUUAUGAUGGCGAUAAUCAUUUAAAGAUGGGAGGUGUUCCUUUUAAAGAGGAAGAAAUAGUGGAGAUUGACAAGUUGGCACCUAAAGUCUUUGAUUUUAUGAAAAAUGAGAGGUCAAUGAACUUGGCUUCCCCACAUCAAUUCACCAACCGAAGUAUGUCUCAGAAAGUAUCAGUUAACUCAUCAGAGCGAGCUAUGUCUGCAAGAGUUGCAGCAGAAGAUGGCUUACAGUCACCUGUAUCAAACACCAAUAAAGGAGCACAAAUUGGUGAUAUGGAAUUUGAUUUUGAUCAAGGGUUAAUAGAUGAAUAUUCGGAUUUAAUUGCAGAAAUUAAUCCGGAUGAUUUUCUUGAUUUGGAAGGUUUGAUUGACAAGGAAGAAGAAGAAGAACAGGAAGAUGGCAGAAAAAGCUUAGAAAAAGAUGACAGAAAUGACUAUAGUGGCGUUUUUUAUGAUUUUGAAAGUAUAUUUGAUGAGGAUGAUGACAGAAAAAACUCAAACGCAGAGGAUGACUUAGAAGAGGGAGAGAUUGCAGAAUGAUUAGUCCAAUGAUGUACUUGUGACAUUUCUCAAAUGGAAGGAUUUCGAAGUGGAUCAUUGAGCUCUGGUCAUCCUUUUCGACGAUUCUCGCCAUGUUUGGUUUGGCAAGCAUUGUACCGUUCAAUAGGCUUAAUGCUACAUACCAGAAUCUGUAAUUGGGUGCGUCAUAGGAAGUGGUUUAAACAAUGAGAUCUCUUUGAUUGCCUUCUCUUGUAAUCUGCUAUUUGUCUGUAUAAAGUUAUAACUCACACCCUUUUGAAGGUUCAACAAUUUUGUCCCAAAAGAAAUGAACGACUUGUGCUUAAUAUUGUCAAUGAUCAGUGGAUGUUCAGCUGUUUUGGUUUGUAAGAUAGUCUUGACCAAAUGACCAAUUUUUUGCAAGUAAAAAGUGAUGCCAUUAUAUUGAAUAGUA